AUGGCUUCCGCUGCUGUCACCCACAUCUCAAACCAGGCCCACCCCGACUUCAAAGUCGCAGCUUUCCCCGUUUCUCCUACUGACUCGCGCAAACAUCAUAUCACAACGAAAUUGAACUACUACAAACCCGCAGCAGACGGCUCACCCCCAUUGCCCAGCAUCAGCGGCAAGCCAGAAACGUAUGAGCGCGAAAGCGAACCCUUUGAAGUAACUGUACACGACAUAUCCGGGAAUGAAUUGGAUUAUACGCUCGACAAGAAUGGAUUUCAGCUUUACUAUCAUGAGAGUAAGCAGAAGCUAUUUGUUGAUGAGGAGGAGAUUAAGAAUGAGUAUUACCCGGAGACGGAGCAGUUGUUGAAAGAUGCGACCGGCGCAUCCAAGAUUUUCAUUUUUGACCACACAAUUCGUCGUCCUGAAAAGCCUACCGGUCAAUCCGUCCCUGGCGGCGCCCGUGGUCCUGUCCAGCGCGUCCACAUCGACCAAAGCUACCAGGCAUCCGAGAACCGGGUGACAUACCACCUCCCCAACGAAGCCACCACCUUACUCAAAGGCCGCUACCAAAUCAUCAACGUCUGGCGGCCCAUAAAAACAAUCUAUAAAGAUCCCUUAGCCGUCGCAGACGCCAACUCCGUGCCGGAUAGCGACCUCGUCCCUGUCAAACUUAUAUAUCCAAACCGCGAAGGAGAGACGUACACCGUCAAAUCAAACAAGGAGCAUAAAUGGUAUUACCGGUAUGGGCAGACACCUGAUAUUGUGACAUUGAUCAAAUGUUUUGAUUCGAAGUUGGAUGGGAGAGCGAGACGGGUUCCACAUACGGCGUUUGUGAAUCUGGAGACUGCCGCUAAGGGGGAUUACCCGGAGAGAGAGAGUAUUGAGAUCAGGGCCUUGGUGUUUCAUCCUGAUGAUAUCGAGUGA